AUGGCUGCUAACGACCAGAACGAUGACGGUCAUGACACUGGCAACCUGCCCGACCUAGGGGAUGCGAUCGAUAUUGUGACUUUUAGUCAGAUUCUAGAGAUGGACGACAGUGAAGACGAUCGUGAAUUUAGUAAAUCCAUUGUUUUCGGGUUCUUCGAACAAGCCGAGGAAACAUUUGAGAAAAUGGACACGGCUCUGGAGGCGCGGAAUCUUGAUGAGCUAUACCGACUUGGUCAUUUUUUGAAAGGCUCAUCUGCGACUCUCGGCUUAACUAAAGUUAAGGACAGCUGCGAGAAGAUUCAACGUUAUGGGAAGAAAGAGAACCUCGAUGGCAGCCCAGAGAAGGAUGAGACGCUCUGCCUAUCUCGAAUCACGGAAACUCUCAAGACAGUUAAAUCAGAGUACGCCGACGUAGAGCAGACGCUCAAGAAUUUCUUCAACUCUACCUAG